GCAGCAAAGGCGGCCUUGGCCACCGCCCCACCGCGCCCCAUUCAGAGCCGGAUGGCGACUCCCUCGCAGGUUAAAGUUUAACGCGAGGAGGGGCGCCCUCUGGCGGCCGCGAGCGGCUCCGCAGGCGACAGCGUCCCCUGUCACUUUCGUUCUCGGUCGGUUCCCGCGGAAGAAGCUGCAGCGCUGCGGGUCGGGGGCCACCAUGGACCACCGCGGGCCGCAGAAGAUCAGCACCGGCGUGAGUAUCUCUGCGUGUGUCCUGGUUGCGUGGCGGGUGGGGUUUGCCUAGGAUUCGCAGGAAUCCAAACGCCCUGAACACUUUUUUGGGGGGUGGGGUCACUCCCCCCAAAUAGGGGCUAGUUUGGGGCUGGAUAGAUGGGUGGGGGGAGAGCGAAAUCGGGGAGGGGGCUUAAGGUACAGUCACCCGUUUCAUGUUAAUGAGGGAAAACGGAGGCAGGAGGGCAGUUUUGCACCACCAACAGUCACGGAUCUCGCCCACACUUUUUUUUUUUUGCCCCUACUAUUUUACUAAAUUGGUGGGUUCUUGCAUAUUCGCCUGUCAAAGUACAUCAUUCUUCCUCUUCUCAUAUCCCCUACAGAAUAGUAAUAGAAUCGCAGAAUCGUAGACUUUGUAGACCCCAGGGAACUCAGCUAAAGCACCCAUGACAGAUGGCCUUGCAACCUCUGCUUGAAAACCUCUGAGGAAGGAAUAGGCACAGCUGUUUGCAUUUUACAGAGGAGAAACUGAGGCAGGGAGAAAGGUUUCCCCAACAUUAAAUGACUUAUCUGUUAGAAUCAUAGCUGUCAACCUUCCCUUUUUUUGCGGGAAAUUCCCUUAUUCCAGCACCGUUUCCCACUGCUUCCCGCUGCUAUCCCGGAUUGUUAUAUAUCCCGUAGACUGUCCCCGGGACAGGUGAGGCUGCUGAUCCCUUAUUUUCAAGGCCGCUGAUCCUUUUUUUCAAAUCUGAAAGUUGACAGCUAUGGUUAGAAUUGGUGUGACCUUGCCAGGGCCAAAGCUCUACCCACUAGGCCAGGCAUAGGCAAACUCGGCCCUCCCGAUGUUUUCGGGACUACAACUCCCAUGAUCCCUAGCUAACAGGACCAGUGGUCAGGGAUGGUGGGAAUUGUAGUCCCAAAACGUCUGGAGGGCAGAGUUUGCCUAUGCCAGCACUACACACAUUCCCCAAAUGGAUGAAAAGCAGCUGAGAUCAAAGUGAAUCAGCCCAGAGCUGUGUGCAGUGAACAGUUAAUAUUCCCCCCGGAUUCUAUGAUCUGUAUCAGUUAAUUCAAACUGAGGACACCCCCCCCCAUUAUUCAUAUUUAUUAUUUUGCAUAAGCUUUUCCGGUUUGGUUGGUGAAUCAGCCCCACAAUUUAAACACAGCCAAUAGCUACCUCACCUCCAGACAUUGUUGCACAGAGAUCUAUGCAUUUGGGUGGUACCCCUAUACAUGGAGGUCUACCUGAGAGUAAGUCCCAUUGAACUCAAUGGGAUAUUAACAGGAGGUUAAUAUCAUCUGCCUUUUACAUAAGAAAUAUUGUAGCAACAGAUACAACCGGCGAAACAGUUUCGUACAAAACAGAUGCAAUCAGGAAUAAAGUUGGCCGUCUUCUGUGCGGAUGUGCCAGCCAAUGGAUUUCGCUCCUUUGCAGAGGCAAUGGCGGAUAAUGCUGCAUAUAAGACAGAUAAGCAAGAAGUAUGCAGUUUAAUAGGGAUGCAGGUGGCGCUGUGGGUUAAACCACAGAGCCUAGGACUGGCCGAUCAGAAGGUUGGCGGUUCGAAUCCCUGCGACGUGGUGAGCUCCCGUUGCUCGGUCCCUGCUCCUACCAACCUAGCAGUUCGAAAGCACGUCAAAGUGCAAGUAGAUAAAUAGGUACCGCUCCAGGGGGAAGGUAAACGGCGUUUCCGUGCGCUGCUCUGGUUCACCACCAGAAGCGGCUUAGUCCUGCUGGCCACAUGACCCAGAAGCUGUACGCCGGCUCCCUCGGCCUAUAGAGCGAGAUGAGCGCCGCAACCCCAGAGUCGGCCACGACUGGACCUAAUGGUCAGGGGUCCCUUUACCUUUACCUUUAUGCUGGUUAAUGGAGAGGGCAGUGUUAUGGGUCUGCCCUCAGCCCAGGUCUGGCUCCAGGUCUGAGGGUCCUCUGCUAGCCGCCCCUCCCUGUCAGUGGGUUUCAGGUGGUCUCCCCUAGAUGUGGUGGUUGCACUCUUCAGCAGCCCUGGGCGGCUGCAUCUAGCCCCCUUUUCAGUUUCCCAGAAUGCCGCAGAGUGAUGCUCUGCCAGGUGCAUUGUGGGAAACGUAAGGGCAUUUCAGCCACCUGAUGCUGCCUGGGUGGGGGGAGGAGAAGGAGGGACGCCCCCCAUCAGCAUCAUUAAUGAAUGCUAGAAAAAAUGAGGUGCGAGGGGCAUAGUGGUAUUCAAAUAAAAAGUUUCUUCCGCGUUGGUUCCAUCUCGUUUGCCCUGCUGGAUGUCAAAUAAUAAUAAUAGUAAUAUUUAUAUCCCUGCAAAAUGGAUCUGUUAAUAGGCCCGAAAGAGAAGAAAAUAAAUGAUCCAUGGUAGCACAUAACUACCGUAUUUUUUGCUCUAUAGGACGCACUUUUCCCCCUCCAAAAAUUAAGGGGAAAUGUGUAUGCGUCCUAUGGCACGAAUGCAGGCUCCUUGGCUUCAGCGAUAGCAACGUGAAGCCUCCGAAGCGCAGAGGGAGCGCUCCCUCCGCGCUCCGGAGGCUUCGCGUUGCUUUUGCUGAAGCCUGGAGAGCGAGAGGGGUCGGUGCGCACCGACCCCUCUCACUCUCCUGGCUUCAGGGAUAGCUGCCUGAAGCCUUCGGAGCGCAGCGCGAGUUCCCGCUGGCUCCGCGGGCUUCGGGUUCCUUUCGCUGAAGCCAAGAGAGCAAGACUCUCCUGGCUUCAGCAGAGAGGGAGAGCUGCGCAGCGCCCCUUCAGCCAAGCGGGAGGAGAAAUGGAAGGGGCUCCGUUUCUCCUGCCGCUUCGCUGAAGGGGCGCUGCACAGAGAGGGGGAGAAUUUUUUUUCUUGUUCUCCCCCUCUAAAACAAGGUGCGUCCUAUGUUCGGGUGCGUCCUAUAGAGCGAAAAAUAUGGUAUGUCUUUUGACUCGCAUCUUCACUGCUGCAAGAUUGCAAAGCCCGGCUUCCUCUUUAGAUUUAAAGCCAACCAAUUUAUUCUUCUUAUUAUUAUAAUUUUUAUUAAAUGUUCUGUUCUACCGUUUUAAAUACUCAUUUUACAUCCUUAAAAUAUCUAUGACUUCCCUUCUUCUCUUUUCAUGGUUCAUUUUACGUAUCAUAAACCCCUGCAUCUUUUACAAAAAUUAUACCAUUCAGUAUUCCAUUAUUGCAUCCACCAAAACUUACUUACACUGUUGAAUUUCUUUUAACGCUGCCAGCGUUUUCAGCUGUACACAGUUAUUUCCCAUUUUUCAAUAAACAUUUUCCAAUCUUCUUUAAAGGUAUGUUUGAAGCAAAUGUUGGAAACAAGAACCAGCAGUAUUUUAUCCUCUCUUCUCUACAGUAGCCUAAUAAUAAUAAAAAUAACCCUGCUCCAUUUAGAAUCCAGCUGUCUCACUGAUUGUACAAGUGUAAAACUAUCAGUGCCAGAGGGCCAGGGCCUCCAAGCACCGAUGAAAACCCUACCCUCCCUUUCUUCUCCUUUGCAAAAGAUCUCCAUGGAGUCUGCUUCCCUGGGGCAAAUGGGGCCCUGCCCCACCAGCCUCCACCUGCCUACUUGCUAGUCUCAGUAUUGCCCUUGUCAAACUCAAUGGGGAGGAGGGACAAGCAAUAGAAUGAGUUGGUUCUGGCGCCCCCUUCUGUUCAGCUCCUGGCCUGCUGCCCUACUGGUUCCAAGGGGCACCAGUCACCCCUGAAAAAGUCAAGACUCCCCCUUGUUAUUUAGGGGAAUUGAAUUGAAUUCUAAUUUACCGUAUUUUUCGCUCUAUAGGACGCACUUUUUUCCCUUCAAAAAUGAAGGGAAAAUGUGUGUGCGUCCUAUGGAGCGAAGACGCCAUAGCCCCGCGACCCUCUCCCGGCUGGAGAGGUGACGCGCGGCUAUUGAGGCUCUUGCUUUAGCCCCGCGCGCGCUCUCCCGGCUGGAGAGGUGACGGGCGGCUAUUGAGGCUCUUGCCAUAGCCGCCCGUCACCUCUCCAGCUGGAGAGCGCGCGCUGGCUGCUGGAGAGGUGACGGGCGGAUAUAGACGCCCCGGCCAUCGCCGCCCGUCACCUCUCCAGCCGGGAGAAGGUCGCGGGGGGCUGCUUUAGCCCCGUGCGCGCUCUCCCGGCUGGAGAGGUGACGCACGGCUAUGGCAGGAGCCUCAGUAGCCGCCCGUCACCUCUCCAGCUGGGAGAGCGCGCGCGGGCUAAAGCAAGAGCCUCAAUAGCCGCCCGUCACCUCUCCAGCCGGGAGAGGGUCGCGGGGGCUGCUUAGCCCGCGCGCUCUCCCGGCUGGAGAGGUGACGGGCGGCUAUUGAGGCUCUUGCCAUAGCCGCCCGUCACCUCUCCAGCUGGGAGAGCGCGCGGGGCUGCUGGAGAGGUGACGGGCGGCUAUAGAAGCUCCUGCCAUAGCCGCCCGUCACCUCUCCAGCCGGGAGAAGGUCGCGGGGGGCUGCUUUAGCCCCGUGCGCGCUCUCCCGGCUGGAGAGGUGACGCAUGGCUAUGGCAGGAGCCUCAAUAGCCGCCCGUCACCUCUCCAGCCGGGAGAGCGCGCGCGGGCUAAAGCAGCCCCGCGACCCUCUCCCGGCUGGAGAGGUGACGGGCGGCUAGUUGAGGCUCUUGCUUUAGCUCCCGCGCGCUCUCCCGGCUGGAGAGGUGACGGGCGGCUAUGGCAAGAGCCUCAAUAGCCGCCCGUCACCUCUCCAGCCGGGAGAGGGUCGCGCGGGGCUGCUUUAGAGCCGCGCGCUCUCCCGGCUGGAGAGGUGACGCAUGGCUAUGGCAAGAACCUCAAUAGCCGCGCGUCACCUCUCCAGCCGGGAGAGCGCGCGCGGGCUGCUGGAGAGGUGACGGGCGGCUGUAGAAGCUCCUGCCAUAGCCGCCCGUCACCUCUCCAGCCGGGAGAGGGUCGCGGGGCUGCUUUAGCUCCGCGCGCUCUCCCGGCUGGAGAGGUGACGGGCGGCUAUGGCAAGAGCCUCAAUAGCCGCCCGUCACCUCUCCAGCCGGGAGAGGGUCGCGCGCGGGGCUGCUGGAGAGGUGACGGGCGGCUAUAGAAGCUCCUGCCAUAGCCGCCCGUCACCUCUCCAGCCGGGAGAGGGUCGCGGGGGCUGCUUAGCUCCCGCGCGCUCUCCCGGCUGGAGAGGUGACGCACGGCUAUGGCAGGAGCCUCUCCGCUGCGCCUUUCCGCUGCUCCUGAACUGCUCUUUGGGGCUGGCGGUGGGCUUCCCCGCCAGCCCCAAAGAGCAGGUCGAAGGAACCUGAAGCCUGGAGAGCGAGGGUCUCGCUCUCCAGGCUUCCAAGGUUGCCGCCUGGACGCACCUUAAACGGCACCUUGUUUUAGAGCGGGAAAACAAGAGGGUGAAAGUUCUCCCCCUCUCUGCGCAGCGCCUCCUGCCACUUCGCUGAAGGGGCGCUGGGCAGAGAGGGGGAGAUUUUUUUUUCUUGCUCUCCCCCCUCUAAAACAAAGUGCGUCCUAUGGUCCGGUGCGUCCUAUGGUGCGAAAAAUACGGUAUAUUCCAGAAACGUGGGAGAUUACAAGGUGUCAAAAAAAAAUGGAUGUACUGUGCCAUAUUAGAAUAAAAAAAAAACUUGUUUUGAUGAACUGGAAGAGCCGCAAAAAGAUUCCAUUGAGCACAUGGAUUGAUAAUAUGGACAGACUAGCUACAUACGAACGAAUUGCAUGUCGCCAAUGAAGAAUGGAUAAAUGUGAAGAAAUCUGGAGGGAAUAUUUAAGUGAUAAGGCGGACAGUGGUGGGAAGUAGGGGAGGAGAGGUGGGGAAAUAUUGUUUAAAAGGUGUUGUUGUUGUUGUUUAGUCGUUUAGUCAUGUCCGACUCUUCGUGACCCCAUGGACCAGAGCACGCCAGGCACUUCUGUCUUCCACUGCCUCCCGCAAUUUGGUCAAACUCAUGCUGGUAGCUCCGAGAACACCGUCCAACCAUCUCGUCCUCUGUCGUCCCCUUCUCCUUGUGCCCUCAAUCUUUCCCAACAUCAGGGUCUUUUCCAGGGAGUCUUCUCUUCUCAUGAGGUGGCCAAAGUAUUGGAGCCUCAGCUUCAGGAUCUGUCCUUCCAGUGAGCACUCAGGGCUGAUUUCUUUAAGAAUGGAUACGUUUGAUCUUCUUGCAGUCCAUGGGACUCUCAAGAGUCUCCUCCAGCACCAUAAUUCAAAAGCAUCAAUUCUUUGGCGAUCAGCCUUCUUUAUGGUCCAGCUCUCACUUCCAUACAUCACUACUGGGAAAACCAUAGCUUUAACUAUACGGACGGUAUAUCAGUAUUCAAAUCUGAAUUGUCAAAUUGUGUUAUUAGUGUUACAAUGGUUUUUGUUUUAUGUGUCUUUGCUGUUGUUGUUUGUAUUGAAAAAACGAUUAAAUAAUUUUUUAAAAAAACAAAAAAACUCCCCCUUCUUUCCCCUUCUGCAGACAACCAUCAUGGCCGUGGAGUUUGACGGAGGGGUUGUGAUUGGAUCUGACUCCAGAGUAUCUGCAGGGUGAGUGCUGUACGUUUGAGAAAGGGGGGGUGCUUGUGUGUUUGUGUACACCUGUCUAAUGUCUGGCCUCUCCACCCGAUGGUGGGGAAUCGCAGGGCAGUGUAACAUUUCCGAGGCUACUUUUCUGGGAGGGAGUUUCCUUCCUCUGAGAUGCAUAUCUCUUUGUCCAAACGAGGCCUCCUUGAAUGCGUGAUGGAAAUCCACCUUCCACAGGACUAGCUGCUUGUCCAGUUAAAUGGCUGGCUUCCAAAGUUGGAACCACGUGAAGUGUGCCAAGCCGUGCAUGAGAGCCAAAAUGCCCACCUCUGAUUUCCUCUGUUGAAAUAUUUGUGGGAUUUUCUAGAGUUGUGGGAAUGUUGAUUUUUGCCACUGUAAUGUCUCUCUCUCCUUUCACACUGUGCUUUUGACAUCUCCUCCCAGGCAGUCCGUGGUGAACUGCGUCUUCAACAAACUGGAGCGGCUGCACAGCCGAAUUUAUUGUGCCCUCUCUGGCUCGGCAGCAGAUGCCCAGGCCAUUGCCGACAUGGUGAACUACCAGCUAGAGCUGCACAGGUGAGCACUAGUGUCAGCUUCUCAGGUGAGGGAGGGGGCAGGCUGCCAGCCACAGGUGCCAUCUCUAGAGGACCUUACACAGUGGCCAAGCGUCACCUUAGCUCGGGUGAAUUUCAGGGAAACCACUGCAAAAACAAGAGAGGGGACGUUCCAUUUUAACAGCAGUUUUGGCAGAGCAUGGGACUCUUAAUCUCAGGGCUGUGGGAUCGAGGUCCACGCUGGGCAAAAGAUUCCUGGGUUGGGUUGGACUCGAUGAUCCUCAUGUAACUCUGAUUCUAUGACAGGUGGGUGGGACUACCCACUUGUCAAUCAUAUGAUUGACAGGAGCAUUGUCCACCCAGCCCGCCUGUCACAGUUGGCUGUCAGAGACGGGGGUCUAAUAAAGAUCUGGUCUCCCCAGCCAGAAAGUUUCUCCAACCUAGAGUAAACGGCAAAGAAAAUUGGCUACUCCUAUUUUUUUUAAGAAAUAAAUCCUCUGAGCAUGUACAGUUUCUCAUUUUAACGUGCAGCACCAUAACUACUACAGUGGUACCUCUGGAUAUGAAUAGGAUCCAUUCCGGAGCCCCGUUCGCAUCCUGAAGUAAACGCAACCCACGUGUGUGCAUGUGCGUGUGUCACGAUUCGCCGCUUCCACACAUGCGCGUGAUGUCAUUUUGAGCGUCUGCGCAUGCACGAGUGGUGAAAUCCGGAAGUAACGUGUUCCGUUACUUCUGGGUUGCCGCGGAGCACAACCUGAAAGCGCUCAACCUGAAGCAACUUCAACCCGAGGUAUGACUGUACAGGAAUAAAAUGGAGUUUCCUUCUGUUUUCCUUGUGCUCAGCACCUUUGCUUGGACACAAGUAUAAUUUUGUUGUAAAAAAAAAGAGAGUAAUAUAUAUUUUUAAGGAAAAAAAUACAGUGGUACCUCAGGUUACAUGUGCUUCAGGUUACGUACGCUUCAGGUUACAGACUCCGCUAACUCAGAAAUAGUACCUCGGGUUAAGAACUUUGCUUCAAGAUGAGAACAGAAAUCGUGCGGUGGUAGUGCGGCAGCAGCGGGAGGCCCCAUUAGCUAAAGUGGUGCUUCAGGUUAAGAACAGUUUCAGCUUAAGAACGGACCUCUGGAACGAAUUAAGUACUUAACCUGAGGUACCACUGUAUAAAGAAAAUGAGCAUCUGGACUCAUGUGGCUAUAAACAUGUUUUAAAAAAUAAGAAUAAAGGGAGGAUGCUGUGGUGACCAGCCUCAAUGAUUUGCUCCCCCCCCCCCAAUUUUGCCAUUUUCACCAUUUUCUGCUGCUUUCUAGAUGGUAAUGAGUGGGGUGGGGGCUGGGUCUUGGCCCUGAGGUCUAGCCUACUACCAGCUGCAAGCCUCAAGAUGGCGGACCCCAUCUUUAAGCCACCUGGCAAUUGAUUCAGAUGUUAGGUGAACUCAGCCUGGUUUCUGGAAGAAAGAACACAGUUUGUUGGUGCUGAACCGCCCUCUAGUGGCCAAAGCAGGAAGAGCUCUCUGUUCUCUUUUCUCCGUUAUCACCCGAUUUCCCAGAAAAGGAGACUCCAGACUCAGCCGUUAAGGCUGUUGCUAUUACGAGAUAUCCUGCAGCCAAUUGGAAGCCGCACCUUUGUUUUCCAAUGUUUUGGAAGUCAAACUGACUUCCGGAACGGAUUCCGUUCGACUUCCAAGAUAGCACUGUACACGAGAAAGGGGCUUGUGCAGACUUCUUCACGUUCAGUGUGUAUUUUAAAGUGAGGGGAGCAUAUCCUAUAUAGAAAUAGCAAGAUCAAUGCUCUUAUUCUCACACGAGAGAAUCAGCAGGUUUACGGAGGUGGAGGGGACCCCCAAAAUUUGGCAGAAAUACGAAAAAAAUCAGCUUUUAAGCAGUGAUUCUCAACCUGUGGGUCCCCAGAUGUUGUUGGACUACAACUCCCAUCAUCCCAGAGCUCUGGCCUUGCUAGCUAGGGGUGAUGGGAGUUGUAGUCCAACAACAUUUGGGGACCCACAGGUCGAGAAAGGCUGCUUUAAGGGGAGAAAAUGUGAAGGGUGGGGGAAAGGCACCCCUGAAAAAAACAGGCCAGUGAGGUUUGAGCAUGCUCAGAAGACACAGAAUGCUAGGUGUGUCUGUGGAAAACCAGGCGGGAGAGGGAAUGUGAUGGAGUAUCUUGAAAAGGGGCAUGGCUGGCUGGCUGGCUAGAAACCUGAACAGGAAUGCACUGCACUGCUGUGGUUUUGUUGCAGGACCCAAUUCCCCUCAUUUUUACCUAAUGCAAGAAGGGCUUUCACACUCGCCAGAAGCUUGGCUCUGCCCUCACUGGUCCUGGAAGGAUCCUUUUAAAAAGUCCCAUAUGCUCAGAGACUUUGCGCCUCUUCAUUGGGGGAGAUAGGAAGCCCAGAGCACUUGUUCUUUAGAUGUCCCUUUUACGAAGAGGCACGUAGUGAGACCAUUGAUUCCCUGCUGGUGAGGCUCGCUGACCUCCCAGAAAAGCAAAAAAAUUUGACAUUUUCCUGUUAGGCAAAGAUCAUAAGACGACCCGGAUGGUUGCCAGAUUCUGUGUACAGAUCUGUAGGUGCAGACCAUCCCCCGACUCAAACUAGUUCAUGAAGAAAAUCCCCAAACUCGCUUCCAUGGGUGACUCUGGGUCAUCUCUCUGCGGUAGCUUAUCUUAAAGUUUUAAGUGUCUAUACGUUUAUUGCAUUUAUAAAUUUUAAAUUUAUUGUUAUACAUUGUUUUAACUGUUUGUUUUCUUUCUGGGAAUGUACCCCCAAGUGUGUUUUAUAAGCUGGUCUUCGACUGUAAUAAAUUAUCUAUCUACCUACCUACCUAAUCUUUUUUUUGUCUCCCUGGCAGCUUGAACAUGGAGGGUCCUCCGCUGGUCCUGGCCGCAGCCACCUUGGUGAAAAACAUCAGCUACAAGUACAAGGAGGAGUUUUCGGCUCACCUCAUGGUGGCAGGAUGGGACGCCAAGAAAGGCGGGCAGGUAAGCAGAGAGAAUGAUGGGCCAGGGAUGGUUUCUGGCAUCCCACCUGCUCCGCUCAUUCUCUGCUACCUUCCAGGUGUACGGGACUCUGGGCGGGAUGCUGACCCAACAGCCUUUUGCGAUUGGCGGAUCCGGGAGCACCUACAUUUACGGCUACGUGGACUCUGCCUACAAGCCAGGAAUGAGCCGGGAGGAAUGCCGCCAGUUCACAAUGAACGGUAGCCGUCUAAGCUGUGUCCAUUUCAGGGUGGCGGCGUGACAGGGACAUUUUUUUGGGGGGUGUGGAGAGGUGGAAACAAAGCUGGACUCCUAGAAAGUCUAGUCCCAUCUUUACAGAAGGUGCAGGUUUUGACUAGAAAUUGGAGAAAAGUAGCUCAGAAAGAUGCAGUUUGGAGAACCAUUGUUAACCACUGUUAAUCGUUGUUAACCAUUGGAGAAAAUAGCAGUACAGUGGUACCUCGGGUUACAGAAACUUCAGGUUACAGACGCUUCAGGUUACAGACACUUCAGGUUACAGACUCCACUAACCCAGAAAUAGUACCUCUGGUUAAGAACUUUGCCUCAGGAUGAGAACAGAAAUCGCGCAGCGGCAGCGGGAGGCCCCAUUAGCUAAAGUCGUACCUCAGGUUAAGAACAGUUUCAGGUUAAGAACGGACCUCCAGAACGAAUUAAGUUCUUAACCUGAGGUACCACUGUAUUUCCUAGAAAUGGGUUGUGGUUUCUAUAGCUAUGCGAGUGGCUCCAUAAAAGCAACAGGGCCCCGUCUGCACUGGGCAUUUAAAGUGCUAUGAUGCCACUUUAGAAUAUCAUGGCUUCCCCCAAAGAAUUCUGGGAACUGUAGUUUGGUAAAGAUACUGAGAGCUAACAACUCUCAGCAUCCUUGCCAAACUACAGUUCCCAGACCCCUUAUUCCCUCCACAAAUCUACAAUUCCCAGAGUAGUUUAACAAUCAAUCCCUGUUCUUCCCAAGGGAACUUUUUGAAUUGUAGCUCUGCAAGGGGACUAGAAGUCUCCUAACAGCACUCGGCACCCUUAACAAUCUACAGUUCCCAUAAUUCUUUGGGAGAAGGCUCAACGGUUUAAAGUGCUUUGAUACUGUUUUAAAUGUAUAGUGCUGAUAGGCCACAACAACAACAACAACAACAACUUUAUUAUAUCAUCCCCGUCCUCAAAGCUUUUUCUACAGCAUCAGCUGAAUUUAAACGCCCCUUUUCCUUUCUCCUCCCUCUCCUUUCAGCCAUUGCCCUCGCCAUGUGCCGGGACGGAUCCAGCGGGGGCGUCAUUUACCUCGCCACCAUCACCAAAGAGGGUGUCAAGGAGGAAGUUGUCGUGGGAGACGAGAUUCCUAAGUUCUACGACGAAUGAAUUUGCUCCCCUCCACUCUGUUUUUUUAUUCCCGUUAGUGGAGGGCAGCCCAUUUGGACAAGGGGGCACUGCCCCACCAGCCUUAGUGCGCCCCCACCUCCCUUCCUUCUUACUUACAGCAGCCUGCCUUUGGCUCUGGCUCCCCCUAGUGUUGGCCUCCCUGUCUCCUGCCUUAUCUGUCUCAAUGUGCACUACCCUCCGCUGACAGUAAUAAACUUUGCUAGAGAAAAA